CGCAUGCGCUUUGAAGUAACAGGGAAUUUUCUUGCUCUGACAAGUUAAAUUCUGAACAAACUUUCUUUUUUUUUCACCACUUGUUUACGGAGCUGUUGGUUGUAGUAGGACGGGGCGAUAAAUACUCAGAGUUGUACAAAGCAGCUCUCCCUCGUCUUGUCUUGUUGGGGUUUUAUGUAUUUAGUUGGAGGCAGCUAGCUUAGCAUGAAGAUGCGGUUUAGCGGUGUUUUUGUGUGCGUGUUCCUGCUUUGGGUUGAGGGGUCUUGGGGUGACACACCAGCCAACUGCACCUAUGAGGACCUGCUGGGGACUUGGGUGUUCCAGGUGUCCAAAGGAGGACACGACAGGACCGUCAACUGCUCGGCUGAAGCCACAGGUGAGAGCACAGCGACGGUGACCCUGGAGAAACUGGCAGUGUCCACGGAUGAGGUGGGAAACAGAGGCUUCUUCACCCUCAUCUACAACCAGGGCUUCGAGGUGGUCAUCGGUGGCUACAAAUGGUUCGCCUUCUUCAAGUACACGGAGGAAGGCUCCAAAGUGACCAGUUACUGCGACCAGACCCUGCCAGGCUGGGUUCAUGAUGUCCUGGGACGGAACUGGGCCUGUUUUGUGGGGAAGAAGGUCGACCCAGUGCCACCCAGAACGGAUUACAAACCAGUCUUCAGCAGCGGGCUGCUCCAGAAGCCGUACAAACACAACUUGGACUUCAUUGAUUUGAUCAACUCGGUUCAGGCGUCCUGGAAGGCCUCGCCAUAUCCAGAACACGAGACGUUCACUUUACAGGAGCUGCAUCGCAGAGCAGGGGGGCCUGCCUCCCGUAUCCCUGUGCGCGCUCACAUCAUGCCUGUGAGCGCUGAUUUAGCCAAGAUGGCUGCAGCUCUGCCUGAGCACUGGGACUGGAGGAAUGUGAAUGGUGUGAACUUUGUCAGCCCCGUGAGAAAUCAAGCCUCGUGCGGUAGCUGCUAUUCUUUUGCCACAAUGGGAAUGCUGGAAGCUCGUGUUCGAAUCCUCACAAACAACACCGAUACUCCCGUCCUCAGCCCACAACAAGUGGUCUCCUGUUCUGAAUACUCUCAAGGCUGUGACGGAGGGUUCCCAUACCUGAUUGGGAAGUACGCUCAGGAUUUUGGCAUAGUGGAGGAGUCGUGCUUUCCGUACACCGCAAAGAACACGCCAUGUGGUGUUCCUCAAAACUGCGUCCGAAGGUACACAGCAGAGUACAACUACGUGGGUGGAUUUUACGGAGGCUGCAGUGAGACGGCCAUGAUAUUGGAACUGGUCAAGAAUGGACCUAUGGGGGUCGCUUUUGAG